AUGAAUUCACAGGUCAAUAAGCAGAGCGACCAGAAGGACCAGGUUUUACAAGAGGAUCAGUUCAGAACAGUAUGCUUCGACUCAUCGAAACGAAGUUCAACAUCCAACCCAAGUGAUCAGGCGAAGAGGGUCCGAUUAGACACUUCGGCGGACCCGUCUGCUCCUGCGAAAAAGUAUAGCAACGCUAGUGUUUCGUUGAUGUUGAACAACGAAGCUGGCUCAAGGUCAUCGGCAGCCGUAGGUGGUUCUCCUGCCUCUAUCACAACACCAACAUCAUCGGCAGAUGCAUCAAGUCCUGGUGUCGGUUUGAGCGGCGCCUCCAAAGGAGUGAAAUCUGGGGCCACUAAUAUUUCCACUAACUCAAGUCAUUCCUCAGUUGUUCAAACCAUUUCUGGUUCACAGUCAUUGUCCUCACCAAAAUCAUCUUUAUCAUCAAAACCAAAGGCCCCUAAGUUUGUUCGUAGAUUUAGGUCUCGUUCCUUACCCAUUAUAAAUUAUAGCUCCUCAAGGGCUGCAAUCUUGCAUCAUAAUCCACAUCAUUAUCAUCACAAUCAUCACAAUCACCACCACCAUCAUCAUCAUCAUCAAGCUCUGGUCAAGGGCUCUAAUGUACCCCCAUUGCCACCCAUCAAUCUCCAGAGUUUGAAAGAAAUCGAUUUACAUGAAAUCUUGAAGAAUCCUCAGCUAAGGCAUGAUAUUCUUUUUGAUCCUCAACUUCAAUUUAGGCCAAAUUUGGAUGGCGAGAAGGGCAGAAAGAAAAAAUCAAUUAUAGAUAAGUAUUGGCUCGAAAUUCAGAAGGAAUGCCAGCAGUUUUUCGUCCCCAAUAACAAUAUUAAAUUUUCAAGACUACCGAUUUUGUUCACAACCUUGAGAGACAUUUUAUUGUCUUUAUUGCCGCAUAAGGAUCGAUCAUCUGUAAGUGAAGUGAUGGACAUAGAUUUAUUGAUUCAACAAUUAUCCCAUGGCUCGUUUGAUUUUGUAUCAUUAGCCAGAUGGCUUGGAGAGGUUUUCAAAAGUCAUUGUGCUCCAAUGAGAGAUAACUGGGUCAGUGAAAUGAUACACAAAUUUGAUCAGGCUUUCCAAACUAAUUCCGUGGAAUACUUAGUGCAAGGUUUGCGUAUGAUCUUUUCAAUUUUGGAAGCGAUGAAGUUAGAUGUUGCCAAUCAUCAAAUAAGAAUACUAAGGCCUGUUUUAAUUGAGACUGGGGUGGAUUUUGAAAAAGAUUAUUUCAAUCAGUUGAUAAGUCACUGUAAAAUCGACAUCACGGACUCAUUAAAGUGGUAUUACAAGAAUUAUCAUAAAAAGAGAGAACUUAUGAAUGAGUAUCUAAAUGAUAAGAACAAAUUUGAUGAUAAGUAUUUGCGCAUCGUAAUCAUAAGUUCUAUUAUUGAUUUAUUAUCAUGCCGUAAUAUGUCGACAGAAUUUCCGUCGUCUUUGGCGUUUGAUCAUACCAGGUUGGUUUUGUUACGUGCAGAUGUAAGGCAAUUGGUCUGCGUUCAAUUAUGUGUUGUAUUAUACAAACAGCUUUUGUUAAGUACUAAUAAUAAGGAUCCUCAAUUGUUGAGGCCGGAAAACAUUACCAAAAUCCAAGAUGAAAUAUUAGCAAUUGUCACUGAUGACAACGGUAAUAUUAAAUGGACCAGAAAUGUGCAUUCAAUAGCAUUACAAUUAGUCAAAAAAGUUGUCAAUUCUGAUGAUUUACCUAAAAGUUUGAUUGAAUUUAGUCACAAUUGGUUGAUCAAGCAGAUUCAGCCAAUUUCGGAAGUUUAUGGUUUAAUGGAAGAUAGAGCUUUCAAAGACUUAUUGAAUCAAAUUGUAAUCAACAUGGAUAAAGGUGCCAAUGAUACUAAUACCAAAUCUAGCAAUAAUGCCACAGAAAUGUCAAAUAUUUCUUCAAGGAUAUUAUUAUUGGUUAAAUUUCAUUGGAGUGUCUUUGGUAGCUACUAUACUGACUACUUGAAAACUAAUGAUGAUAAUUAA